AUGGAAGAAUAAACUUAAGAACGUUUAUCCUAAUUAUAAGAAAUCCUAGCUCUUGAUAAUGUCUCUAAAAUUACUAAAAAGUUAACCAAAUUUGGAUUUUCUUGCACUGAAUUAUUACAAUAAUUAGUUGAAACAAAUCAUAAUUAAGGCAUUUAAAUAUUAUAAUCUUACUCAAAUAAUUUUACAGAAAUAAAAGGCAAAUCAUUUGUAGCAUUAAUCUUAUAUCUCUCUAUUCAAGAACCCAAUAUUGAAGCUAUCUUACAAGCUGAUAAAUUGUUAUAAUCUACUUAAUAUGUUGGCAGCUUUGUAAAAUAUUAUGAAAAAGCUAUAGCUAAUGACAGUUCUUUUAGUCAACAAAUUGUUGAUCAUAUUGUUUAAAACAAAACAAAUGUUCCCAACUUCAAUCUCAUCUAUGAUAAAUUGUUUCUUUUAUGCAAAUAAAAAAAACUUAAUAGUAUACAAGAAUUUGAAAAUUUGAUGAACACCUAAAAGGAAGUUGUUUUAAUCAUUGACAAACCUAUUAUCAAAAUUAUUCCAUUAACUCCUAGAAUCAAAUCAGAGUAUUUGCCAAAACAUCUGCAAAUUAAAAAAACUUAAAAUGCUAUAUCAAAAUAAGAACAACUUAGAGAAAUGCAAAAAAAAAAAAUAAUGACUAAAAAGAAAUUAAUGAGAGAACUUUAUAAAGAAUAAAAUGAAUUACAUAAGGUCAAAAAAGAUAAAACCCUUCAUUAACUUGGUAAAUAAAAAGAUGGAUAUAAAAAGUAUUAAUACUUAUACUACUUUUAGAGGAUUGAGAUUGCUAGAAGAAUAAUAAAUGGAAUUAAAGAAACUCAAAACUAUGCAAUUAAAUAUUAAGAGACAUAAAAAGAAGUCUUCUAGAAAAGGGGGUAAUAAGUAUUGA